AUGGUCGAUAAUGUUGGUGCUAGUGCUUCAAGUGAUGAUGGCGGCGUCAAGGAGCAAGACAGGUUGUUGCCUAUCGCCAACGUUGGCCGGAUUAUGAAGCAAAUUCUGCCAUCGAAUGCGAAAAUCUCCAAAGAAGCCAAGGAAAUGAUGCAAGAAUGUGCUUCUGAGUUUAUUAGCUUUGUAACCAGUGAAGCAUCCGAGAAGUGUAGAAAGGAAAGGCGCAAGACUGUGAAUGGAGAUGAUGUCUGCUGGGCUAUGGGGACACUAGGUUUCGAUGACUAUGCCGGGCCACUAAGAAGGUAUCUUCAAAGAUAUAGGGAAAUAGAAGGAGAUAGAGCUAAUCAAGGGAAGCCUGCUAACCAUAAUAAUAUUAGUACUGAAGAAAAAGAUGCACCAUCCUCUUCAUCAUAUAGAAAUAACCAAGGAAUCUGGAUGUAA